AUGAAUAUAAAAAAAAGACUAAUAAAAGAAGUAGAAAAUUUUAGAAGAACGGUAUUACUUAGAGGUAGCCCAGCUUUUAAGAUUGGUGUUUGGUUUUCUGGAUUAACUAUUGGAUUAACUUGGAUUUUAUUUAGCGAAUACAAUCAACCAAAAACUAAUAAUUUAUUUUUUAAAAAAAAAGAAGCAGACAUCUUUACUAAUGAUGAAAUCGAGAAAUGGAAUAAACCUUAUUUUUCCAACGAUAACCAAAAUCUAUUAAUAAAAGAUUCUAAAUUAACAGUUGAUGAAAAAAGAAAAAUAAUACUAAAGGAUAUAUAUAAAACAAAAUAA